GGCGCGGUUCAGUUCGAACUCGUGAGGGGAGCGCGGCCGCCAUGGAGGGACGGCUCUCCCGCAUCCCCGUGUACGCCCGGCUCCACCGCCCCGAGCCGUUCGCAGAAUUGCAAAUGACUUUUCCUUCAAAGAGAAAAUGUGUCAGCAAAACAUCAGAGCAAGAGUUCAGCAAGGUUCCCAGUUUUAACUUUGCCUCAAACAUUCCAGCGGACAAUGUCUUCAAGGCUGCAAACCAAGGGUUGCCUAAGUCUGACAAGAAAGUGGAACUGGUUUCAAAGAAGACAGCAACGAGACGCCCUCUCAGCAGAUUCCAACUAGAAGCAGAGCUGAAAAACAAGAACCAAUUGGUGGAAACACUCAAACAACAGCUAGCAAGAUCAGAGGGCACCAUACAGUUAAGGGAGUUGAAGAAGGAGAAUGAGAGGCUGGUCCACGAAGUUGAGAAGCUCAAGCAGAUCCAGGAGACUUGCAUGAUGAUUUUAGAAAGGAGAAACAUCGGUCCUGUUACAGGUAGCAACAUAGAGGAGGAAAAAGAGACGCGCGCUUGCCAGGAAAAGACAACAACGCUAACUAAGAAGGUCAUAGAAGAUUUGAAAUUAUUCUGUCACACAGUUGCAAAAGAGAAGGAGAUGCUUGAGACAGCAAUGGCCAAGUGGAAAUCAGCACAAGAGGAGAAGCAGCGUGCCCUGGAGAAGCAGUCCUACAUCCAAGCUCAAAUUAAGGAAUGGAAAGCCAUACUUGAAGGGCUGGGGAAGCUCCUGGCAAUGUGAGGCACGAGGAUGCACUGUUUUUUUGCUGUUUCAUCCCUACUUCAGUCGUCCCUCUUUGUCAAGCCUAUAUCGAGCUAGUCACUGCUCCCCGGCGGGGUAGGGACAGACGGGGAGCUGAGGCAGCAGCGACGGCCGGUUAGCCUUGUGUCGGGCGUUCGCCGCUCUGUUGCGGUCUCUGGUGUUCGUGGGUUUAGUUCAUUAAAGGUGCUGCAAGGA